UGACGUUCCGUUCAUUGAGUCAACCAACAGUGCAAGAACGGUGCAAGGAAACUUUGCAAUUGAAUUUUCGCUUAUCAAUAAAAUUGAUCCGUGCUGCGUUUUGUUCUCCAAAAACAAUUCUAUUCUAUUUCCGUUGUUUACGUGGAUGUGCCUAGCUUAAGCCAUUUGUGUUAUAUAACAAUAUAUAGUGUGCGAAAAGGAAUGAACAGCAACGAACUUUGAUUAGUGUUCUUUGCCACCAGUCUAACCAGACUGCAUAGCACUGAUGGCGUACCGCGAGUGACGACGAUUUAUCAUUAGUGGAAUAACAGCAAAGUGCAAAGUGGUUCCGUGGAUAUUGUAAAAAAAAAAUUAUCCAGCACCGGAAAACACCAUAGUAUCAAUUAACCGAUAGAGCUUAGCGGUAAUUUAGUCCUGGUCAGUGGUAGCAGAAAGAAAAUAGUGAAAUUAUAUAAAAAAGUAGGAGGCAAUUCCCUCCCAUAUGCAGACGAUAAAAUAGUUCCUUCCAUCCGUUUUUCCUAACCUACCCACUAAGCUCCAGUGCACUACUCGCCCUUUGCCUACCUCCAGAUUGGUAAUUUUUGAUGGACGGUGGCUCAAACGACUACGCGACCGUGGUCAGCACUGAGUUAAACUGAGUAACAUUUUAUGACCGCUCGGAAGACUGAUUUAUACUGAGAGUUAGGUGGAUCUGUUGUUUGUAUAGCGACAUUUGUGAAGAGUCAUCGACACCGAUUAAACCAGAAGCGAAAACAUAAUACAAAUCAAUUGGUUUAAAGUGCCGCUGCAGCUAAAAUGAACUUCUUGCGCUUCGGUCAAUCGGCGGACAUAGACAUCGUCUUCGAUGGGGCUGAGAACCGACAGAGUGCCGAUAUCAAAACGGAGGAUGGCAAAAAGGAUAAGUAUCUACUGUACUACGACGGUGAGACCGUCAGUGGAAAGGUUAACAUUACGCUGAAGAAACCCGGUGGCAAAUUGGACCAUCAGGGUAUCAAAGUGGAACUUAUUGGUCAAAUCGAGCUUUAUUAUGACCGCGGAAACCAUCAUGAUUUCCUCAGCCUAGUCCGGGAGCUGGCACGACCGGGGGAUCUUUUCCAGAACACGUCGUAUCCGUUCGAGUUUGCCAAUGUGGAAAAACCGUACGAGGUUUAUGCCGGAUCAAAUGUUCGUUUGAGGUACUUUCUUCGAGUGACGAUUGUUCGCCGCAUAAGCGACAUUAUUCGGGAAGUGGACAUCGCCGUGCAUACGCUGUCAAGCUAUCCGGACACAAACAGCCCAAUCAAGAUGGAAGUGGGCAUCGAGGAUUGUCUGCAUAUAGAGUUCGAGUAUAACAAAAGCAAAUAUCAUCUUCAGGAUGUUAUCGUGGGUAAAAUCUAUUUCCUGCUGGUGCGCAUAAAAAUCAAACACAUGGAAAUUGCUAUCAUCAAACGGGAGCAGACGGGUUCUGGUCCCAAUAUUUUUACCGAGAACGAAAUUAUUGCCAAGUACGAAAUCAUGGACGGUUCACCGGUCAAAGGUGAAAGCAUACCGAUUCGGGUGUUUCUGGCCGGGUAUGAUCUGACCCUCACGAUGCGUGAAAUCAACAAAAAAUUCUCCGUACGAUACUUCCUCAACUUGGUGCUGAUUGACACCGAAGAUCGGCGAUACUUCAAACAGCAGGAAAUCACCCUCUGGCGUAAGGCGGACAAAACACGCAAAUCGUUGACCCCUUCGCAAGCGACGUCGAUUGCCGCUGCUCAAGGUCAACCGGGAGCUAUCGCGGCAUCUCAGGGUGGUGCCCAGCUGCAGCCCCAAGCGAAUGCCACGAAUCCCCACAUACCUCAUCACCUAGUUGGGCAGGGACCCGUGCAUAAGGAGCUGGUUGAUGACAUGAGUUACAAUAGCGGCGGGAAGAAUCUUGAAGAAAACAAUCCAAUCAUGGGACUGUUCACGGAGGAUAGUUCGCAGUCAGACAUGCGACCGAAACCAGCUGUUCGGCAGCGAAAUGACGACGCGGUAACGAACAGUGAUGAUAGUAGGUCCGCACUGAAACCAAACGAACUCGCCGUAACGGCAGACCCUACGGAUGAAGAGACUCUACCCCAAUCGCAGCAACAUCUGCACCGGGAAGCGGGCGACGGAGCAGCGUCUAUUUCACACACAACGGACGAGGAGACUUCCUCGUUGUUUGACGCUAACGAUUUAAGUUUCAAUGCCAAUAAUAAUACCAACAGCACACCUACCGUAGGUGUCCCCAUAGAAGAAGACACCUCCAAUACUACGGAACCUAUCCCAGUGCCGGAUGCGAGCACGAUCACGAUACCGACAAAACCUGAGGCCGCCCCACGUGAAUCCAAACAGCAGAAACAACUCGAAGAACCUCUGAUGGAAUAGACCCUCAUUCGAAUAUGCUCGAGAGUAGUGUAAAUUCAGCUACUGAAAAGCACCCAUGAAAACUGAUCUAGCGGAAUAAUUCGACAACAAUUAAAAAAAAAAAGAAUUUGUUCGUAUUAAAAAAGCAGGUUGAGUAUAUCCCAUAUACAUUAAACAUAAAACUAGCCUUCAAACGAAUCAUUACGGAGCAGACUAUUUGCUAAUUCAGUAAAGCAAAUCAAAGUCGCACUAACGGUGUUUAUCUUUUGAUUGUUUUUUUUUCAAAACAUAUGUGAACUCUUGUUUGCCACAACACUAUCUUACACGUUAUUAAUCAGAAAAU